AUGAAGGAGAGGAGACGAAGCAAAGUGGUAAUCAGCGAUCAUCACAGUCGAUCGAAUUCAAUGGCGGCGGAUCGGAGCAAAGGCGUAGUGAGAGACGAAUUCGCGACAUAUGCUUACAUUCUUCUCUACAUCGCUCUCUCUAGUGGUCAAAUCUUCUUCAAUAAGUGGGUAUUGUCAUCUAAAGAAAUAAACUUUCCUUAUCCGCUUGGAUUGACUUUACUCCAUAUGAUCUUCUCCUCUGUCUUGUGCUUUCUUCUCACCAAAGUCCUUAAGAUCUUCAAGGUUGAGGAAGGAAUGACAUUAGAAAUAUAUGUUACAUCAGUUAUUCCAAUAGGUGCCAUGUUUGCCAUGACCCUCUGGUUGGGAAACACUGCCUAUCUCUACAUAUCAGUUUCUUUUGCCCAGAUGUUGAAGGCUAUAAUGCCUGUUGCUGUGUUUGUUCUUGGGGUAGCUGCUGGGCUUGAAAUGAUGAGCUGCAGGAUGCUUUUGAUUAUGUCUAUCAUAAGUUUCGGUGUUUUAGUUGCCUCAUAUGGGGAACUGAAUAUCAACUGGAUCGGUGUAGUUUACCAAAUGGGUGGCGUCGUUGGAGAAGCACUGCGGCUUAUCUUCAUGGAGAUACUUGUCAAGAGGAAAGGCAUUAAGUUAAACCCAAUCUCUCUCAUGUACUAUGUGAGCCCCUGCAGUGCUGUUUGCUUGUUUCUACCGUGGAUCUUUCUAGAGAAGUCGAAGAUGGAGGGAAACGGCACAUGGAACUUCCAUUUCCUAGUGUUGACACUUAACUCCCUCUGUACAUUCGCUCUCAACUUGUCGGUUUUCUUGGUGAUCUCUCACACGAGUGCUCUCACUAUCCGAGUUGCUGGCGUUGUCAAGGACUGGGUGGUUGUUUUGGUCUCAGCUCUUCUCUUUGCAGACACAAAACUCACUCUCAUCAAUCUUUUUGGUUACGCCAUUGCUAUUGCCGGUGUAGCGGCAUAUAACAAUCAUAAGCUGAAGAAAGAAGCUUCUCCUCGAGUAACCACCGAAACUCCAGGAGAUAAUAGUGAAUCUAUAGCGUUGGUGUCACAGGCUAAUACAGAGAGAUGAUGAUGUAGUCUCUCAUCAGUCUUGAAGGGUAACCUUUGAUUGUUUUGUGAUAUGUACCUUCCGAAUUCUAUAACUCAUACGAACUACUCUGUACCUGAAAGGUAAGAAAGUUCAAUCGAUUUUUCCAAUU